AUGGACAGGAAAGGGAAUCCAAGUUUAAACCACACCAACGCAAAACGCCACGACAAUAAACUUGUGAGGAGUGCUGGAUUAGUUGCACGCUCUUCGAGUGAAAUCUUUAAGUCACGUUCUUCGAGUGGAAUCUUAACGUCUAGAAAUAUUUCAAGCGGAUUUGGAUCAUUUAAGGAAGAUUCCAGUUUUGAUUCCACAAAAGAUGUUCGGUUUACUGUUUUCCCGUCCUCUGAGACUAGAAAAGAUGGACCAGAGAGGAGGGAGUCUGAAUCGUCUACUGUUGUGUCCAGUGAGGGUGGAUCACUGAAGGUGAAAGAUAAAAACAAAGACCCGCAUAAUAAAUGGCUCGUUCUACAUGGCAAACAAGCCCUAGAUGGAAACAUUUUUUGGGAAGAUAUCACUGAUCACACCAGGUGCAAUCUUCAAAACUGUUCUUUCGAAGAGCUUGCUCUCGUUUUCAUGAGCCAGGACGUCUACCAAGAGCAAUCUUACAGAGAGAACGAUCAAUGUGCCUUGGAAAAACUAAAAAGAGAUGGGUUUGAAGAACUUGGAUCUAACGGUGGAAUACUGGAAAGAGCGUCACGUUUCUGUGGCAAAGUUCAAGUACGAAAGCCAAAAUUUUGUGUGGAGAGAUCAAUAUUGAGGUUCUUGGGAGUAGGCGAACAAGUUUUUAACCUUCGACCAAUCAGAAUAAGGCUUGAGUUUCCGACGGAAACGUGGAGCCAAGCUGUCUCUUGGUGGCAGAAAGAAGAUAAACAGCUGGAAACCCUUUUGCAGGGAUGGAAAGAACAGGAAGGGGACGAAGCCGGUCCUGAAUUACUUAGGAAAUCCCUUGAUGGACUUAAAGCUGAAGAAUUCAGAGUUAAAGAGAGAGGACAAAUGCAUAUUACACAUUUGAGAGAACUGGCGAAUUCGAUCCAUAGUUUGAAUCAUGGGGACCAUGACGUGAUGAAAUAUGUGGAAGAUGAGAUAAGGAAUCAAUGCAGAUCUAUUUUGAGGGACUGUUGCAUUGAGAUGGCCAAUUCAACGGAGGAUAUGAAGUGGGCAAGUUCCAUCGAAAACCACACCGACGUUCUAGUAACCCGGGGAAUUGUUUCUGAUGAGGUUUCUCAACAAUGUAAGGCCAUGAGUUCAUCUGCUGAUAACGUUGUUAAAACAAAUUUUCUUGUGCUGGUCCCUCAUCUUGUUCAAGCCGUGAAGGAAAUCUUCCGAGAUGAGAGCGUUCCGCCUUCCCAAAGUGGAAUGAGAGGACUGGGUAAGGAGACUGUCACAAGAAUUGUUUAAGCGAUUCAAAACGCUGCAAAGGACAGAAAAAUACUGAGUCUUUUUAGACAAGUAUGUGAUGUUCUUGAGAUGUUAUGUCUAGACAACAAUUACAAUCCAUCGCAAAACACAGAUGAAAAGAUACAGGAGUGGGGAAGUGCGUGAAAGAUUACGAGUCGCUUCACUUCAUCUUAAAGACAUCAUAUCAGAUCAAAAGGCCUAUGAAGGAAUCCAUUUUCUCACAGUGGUUUUGCUGAAAGCUAUCCACAUUUACGAUUCACACUGGUUUUUUCUUAAAUUGCACCUUUUCUCUGCUGAAAACAAUCAAACAGGUUUCAGAUUUCAAUAGUGCGGUCUAUGCAGGAAUUCCUUGUAGCAGAAGAAAGGAACUAUUUUCCCCAUCCUUAAAAGGGAACAAAAACUUAGAGACAGGCUUCUUCGUGGAAAUUUUGAGUUUACUCGGCUGUCGAAUCGAUUCGUAUUGAAUUUUUUCUUAUUAUUAUUAUUACAGUUACAAGAUUUUAUCCGUAGAUAAUGUCCUUUUGUAUGUUAGAGGAAUAUUGCUCAACUCUUUUUAUUUCAGAUCAUUCGAUAAGCCUUCAA